GACCGUAAGCGUGUUGUGUACUGCGCACAUGCCGUGUUUGAUAAUUCUAACGUUAUAACGUUAACAGUAUUUUCACGGUUAACGCGCGUCACUGACGGUUGUUUGUGUUUUAAUACGCGCUCUAUCGUCACUGGCCCGCCGCCAUGAAGAUUAAGCGGCAGAAACAAGCCAAGAAGACGAUCAGUUUCUACAAAUACAACUUCGGCUUCAGGGAACCCUUCCAAAUCCUCAUCGAUGGAACUUUCUGUCAAGCGGCCUUGAAGAACAAGAUUCAGAUCAAAGAGCAGAUGCCCAAAUACCUAAUGGGAGAGGUGCAGUUGUGCACCACCAGCUGUGCGCUGAAGGAGCUAGAGACGCUUGGAAAACAGCUGUACGGGGCCAAGAUAAUCCUGCAGAGGUUUCAGGUCAGGAAGUGUCCGCAUUUCAAGGAGCCGGUCUCAGCAUCAGAGUGUCUGCUGUCCAUGCUGGAAGAGACCAACCCGCACCACUACUUCGUUGCCACACAGGACCACACAGUCACCACGGGGCUGAAGAAAAUUCCAGGAGUUCCUCUGCUUUACAUCAUCCUCAACACCAUUGUGCUGGACAAGCCCAGCCAGGCGUCCCUCGACCACGUCCAGGCCGUCCAGCUGGGAGAGCUGGUCAGCCCGGCCCAGCAACAGAGUAUCCAGACCCUGAAGGAGGAGCAGGGAAUUGGCCAGAAGGACGGAGAAAGGCGUGGGAAGAAGAGGAAGAGGAAACAGUCCAACCCCAACCCGCUGAGCUGCCUGAAGAAAAAGAAGAAAGGAGUCCCGACACCCCCGCUGAAGAAGACAGAGCAGGAGGGGAAGAGGAAGAGAAGCCGACACAAGAAACGAAAAGUGGAGGCAGGAGAUGGCACAGCUGCUCCAGCAGCUGCUAAUACAUAAAACAGCAGGAAGACAGAGACUUCAACCUUCUCUAUUCACCUGAUUUAUAGGUUUACUUUUUGAUAUGACUGCAGAGGGAAAAAAAAGUUUAUUACAUAAUAUUUUAAAAAUGCCAUUUUGUAGUGGUAUUUGUUUUAUUUUGAAAAACCUUACAGGUAAGGGAAUGAAACUGUUCUCAGACAACAUCUUUAUGAUUUCUUUUAUACAAAAUCAAAAAAGCAGGUUUCAUUACAGGCACAUAGUUUAAAAUAUAAGAUGCACUCAGACAUUAAACAGUUUACCCUUUUUCUUUUUUAUUUUAGAUGGAAGGGGAUAUCAAAAAAAUGCAUUUAGCUGUCUCUGGACACACUAACUUGUUUCCACGGUUGAUAUUUCGUGCAGAUUAAAUUUAAGCUGCAGUAUUUUCUCAUACCAUGAUGACUUACAGCAACAAAAGUCCAUCCAGUUUCCAUCUGAUCCUGUCAUCCAGCCAUUCUAGAGAUUAAUAAUGAAAUCUGCUUUUAAAUAAAAAAAACCAAUUCAUUCUCUUUAGCUGCUAUACAGCAAUACAACAAUAAAUUAAUACUAUCAAAAGUGACACAGAGCACAACAACUUAAUUGUCUUAAUAAACAAGACAGUGCAUCACUGUAUCCAUAUACAAUAAGGACACUGAGUAAAGUGAAUCUGACCUCAAGUUAUUUUAAGGAUUUGAAAAAAAGUAACAUGGCAAUGAAAAGACAUUUCACACAAAUUGGACUUGAUUCAAAUAUUUCAGGAUAGCAUGCAAGUAUAGCAGACCACUUAUGUUUUUAUCUAUAGGCUGAGGUCCCGAAGCUAGGUUUUAUUAAGCUGUGUCCCAAAUCCACAGCACAUAGUAACAAGGUCCAAGACAACGUGAUGAAAUGUCUCAAUUUUUCAUAUUUUAUACUAACAGGCAAUGAUGGAGAAAACUUAAUUCCUUACAAGUUUAGAGAGGAAGCAGCAGGAGUUGUUAAAGGUGUUCCCAGGCCUGUUUUAUCAGAAUUUUAAAUCUGAAUCAGGAAAAGUGUGCAUAAUCACGUGCGCUGAAAAAACAGGUGAUUUUUACCCCUCAACCUGAAGGUUGAUGGGGUAUUGUUAUCCCCUGGUCAGGCAGGCGGGCCUCAGACAGCGUGAACAUGAGAAAAAGACGAUAUAAGAUUUUCAAAUUGAUGCCACAGAUUUUUUUUAAAAAUUUACUGAAAAUUAACACAAUUUAAAUUGUUUAAAUAGACCUUUGACAAUAAGCAAUGAAGUUUAAUCACUGUUUUGUCACUUUUACUGUCUUUCCCAAUGCCGGUAAGAACACACCUUGAGUAAGAGAGCAGCCAUAAAUUAACGGUGCAUAAAUGAUGCUCACUUUUAAUGUUUCCGUCAUGACCCUCCUGACACAAAUCCUUCCAGAGGAUUUGUGUCAGGAGGCUGGUAGCCAUCACUAUUUUUAAGUUUGCACAAUCCUCAAAUCCUGCUUAGAAAUUAGUAUGUUGUGUGGAUUUGGGUCAUGCCUAUUUUUUUUUUUUUUUUACUGACAGCAACAGCAACAACAACUUAGAGUCUGUAAUACUUAAAGUGCUACUCUACAGCUGCAUAAUGAUUAGCUGCUGGUUGAGUCUGUAGAGAACUACUAUAAUAACUGUUUAAAUGUACUCUUGGAAACAGUGCAUGCUCCUUCUUCCUAAUAUGAUGGUGAGAGACUUCAGAAGUAAACCUUCACCUGAAGUAGUGAGAAAAAUGGAAGUAACAUGUUUGACUGACUGUAAACAGAUCAUUACACUGGACUCCAUCACUUUGGUGAGACGCCAGCAAGCAAUGAGAUGCAGGUGAUCCUUUAUAGUGAUUGGGAUAUAAAGUGAGUAAAUAAUAAAUAUGUUCAUUGCUUGAGUUCCAACUACGUUAGUCAGACCCACUUCCACUGAACCACCACUGCUUCACAUCUAAAUGAUGCAAAAAUGAAACCAUUUCACAAACAAAACAAUCUCAGCAUACUUAAAUAAGACUUGUGUUAAACUAACAGAUAGUGCUGCUGACUAAAAGUACUGACCUCCGAGCAGUUUGUUUCUUUAAAAGAUUAAAAUGAAUGGGUUUUUUAGACGAUGUGGAAGCGAGGCCCCGGCGUAGCGAUGAUAUCACUGUAAGGCUCCUCCUGGACGAGCUCCACUGCCUGCUGCUUCUUCAAGACCAGAAAGCUGUAGAACUUGGCAGCUGCCUGCUUCCUGUUGUUGUUCCUGCACAGAUCCAGCAGGCUGACCGACUGGGCACCGGUUUUAGCCAUCACCCUCUGUGAUGCAGUGACAAAGAGUGUGAGCAAGAGGAAGCCUGUCAUUUUGCAUACUUUGAUAUGGAAAUGGGUUUUAAGCUCAUGCAAGGUACAUCUACUUAUACGAUGCCAGUCGGUAGUGUUAUAUUACCUGAUGCUGUGGAAAUCUGCAAAUAUAUUGAGUAUGGAGCUUGCCUCUGGUAUAAAAAAUGCCAUCCACAAGCGAAACUGUCAGGCUAUUACCUAAAAGUUUUAUAUUAUAAGAUAAUAACCCAAAAUCUCAACUGAGCUCUGCCUGAGGUCAUACUCACAGGCCUGACCUCACACACUCACACUCACUACUCACCACUAGGGGGCAUAUUACUCAAAUCUUUAAAUAUACUCCAAAUACACUUAGUAUAAGUAUACAUGUAUUGUCAGCAAAGUUUCCAAAAAGUAAACCUAAUCAGCAUUUUAGCAGACUUGUAAAACAGCAACAGUGGGCAUUAAAUAUGAAUUAAAAAUUUGACCCUUUUUAUUGUAAGUAUUGACUUAAGCAUUGAUUAUCUGUCCCACUUUGUUAGAAGGAAAAAAAAGGUUUGCAAAACCCCAGAGUGUGUUUGUGUGUGUGUGUGUGUGUGUGUAUGAGGCUACUCGAGGUUUUUAAUAGAUGAUGGCUUGCAGUCUGGCACAGGCCCUCCAGCAAAUUUGUACUUCAGUUCUGUAUGAAAAACCUUAUUAUUGUAUUAGUGUGUCUGUAUUUAUAACCAAACCAAUUAACCAGCAUCAAAUCCUCUCAUCCAAAUAUGGGAAAAAAAACCCUUAAGUUAAAGUUUCACAAUGUAGAUUUCAAAAAUCCAACAGGAUAGCAUCCUGAUUGUGCCUAUGGCCACAAUCCUAAAUUCUCUAAGUCAUCUGUAAUCUGUAAGUCAUCUGUAAUCUGUAAGUCAUCUGUAAAAUGACAGCUGUGGCUGAUUUAAACAAAAUAAGUCAUAAAAACUUGUAUUGGUGGUCUUUUGACAUAAUAAUCAAACUGAAUCUGUUUUAUAUGUUAUUCACUUUAAGAUGUUUCAUGUUAACUCCUUGUGAGUUUAGUUGGACUGUGUCAUGUUUUACAUCUUAAUUUUAAAUCUAAGCAAAAAACAAACUUGACACCAUUAGACUAGAAACAAUUCCACUUCAGAAAGGAUUCAUAUGGUUUUCUACUGCACAUGAGUAUAUUUUGAAGAAAAAAAAAAUCACAUAAGUUUCUUGUUUCUUUAUACAACGAGAUGUCAGUCUCCCUUCUUAAAGCACGCAGAAACAUCCAGGGUGUCUCAGUGUGUGGAUCUGAGUUCAGAUAUUUCUAUAAGUUGUACCAACAACUUAUCACUCUGCUGUUUUCUUAUCUGAUAAGAUGAGAUCACAUACAUACCUGGAGACCAUGAAGCAUUUGCUGGGUUCUUUUGUUCCACCUCCUCUCCUCCUGGUCCUGGUCUCCUCCCUGCGCCUCCUCCUCCUGACAUAAAUACACAUAACUCCUUAUACCAACUUAUAGAUAAAUAAACUACAUAAAAAUGAGUUUGCUUAUUUACUCUGAAUAAAUGAAAAAGGUAUGCGAAAACUGAAGAAGCAAGGUUUGGGAAUCUUUAUCUCACCUCUUCAUCAGAGUCAUCAUCAUUCUUCUUCUUGUCCUUGUCGGUGAGCAGGUCCAGUUCUAUCAGCUGGCUGAUGUUGGUGGUGGUUGUUUCCUCCGGGGGUACCUCCACAGUGGAUGCCUCGAGCUGUUGGGGUGCAUUAGAUGGUCUCGACCCCUGCUGUUGCUGUUGCUGCUGCUGCUGUUGGUCCAAGGCCCCCAUCUGGAUUGAGGAGGGGUCAGAGGACACAUCAGAGAGACAGAGAAAGCGCAAUGUGACAAACUCUGAAAAACGUGUACUCACAGGGAGGGCUGGCUCUGUGUCCUGGGCCUUGCGUUUCAGGCCUCGUUGGGAGGAUGGAGGUGGCAUGACCGACUCAUCCAGGGUUGUCCUGCUCCCCUCUACAGCUGAAGUCUGCAGCACGCUGGCCUCUUCCAUGAUGGUCUGGUCUGGAAGAAAAAUCAAGAACAUAUUUUGUGCUACCUCGAAUGAACACUGGUGGGAAAACCAUGGACAGCAACUUAUAGACAAUGUAAAUUUAAGACCAAGGCACAUGAAGAAAUGGAAAAAUGUAAUGACUUACAAUUUCAACUUUGCUGAAGUUUUCACAAAUGUAAUCAUCCUUAAUAAUCACAAAAAAAUAUUUUCAUAGACUGUAUGUAAAAGAUUAAUGUAGCAAAGUCCAAAUAUAAGAUGUAAUGAAUGAUGGGGCAGAUCUUACUGUGGAACAUGUUUCAGUUUAGCUUAUUUCUAUAGAGCUCUUAUCUUUGUUCUAGAUGUCUUGUUCAUGCAUUUGUAUACAUUUUGUUAUUAAACGCUUGCAUUUCAUGUUAAA